AUGCUUUUCUGUAAUUCUAACGCUCUUUCUUAUCGAGCUCUUUCUGAGCCAAUAUUUUCCGAUUCUUUCUUUCCUUUCAUCACUUACUCUCUUAUUCCUAAUCUAGCUAUUGCUUUCUGUCUCUUUCUUUCUAUUUCAUUUUUCUACUGCUUUCUUCUAACAUCGGUAUUAAUUCUUCUCUUAAACAUUCGGUUUUCUUUCUUUAUUUCAACGCCGAAUUCUUCGUUUAUUUCUUAUUCAUCUCUCAUUGGUUUCUUUACCACGUUUUAUGCUAAUUUUCAAAUCUUUCUUUCCCGCUUUUUGAUCAUCUCUUUCCUUAUAUCCCUUUUCUUACACUUUCUCUGCUUUUUGUUGUUUUUUUUUUCUUUCUGCCCAUUCAAUGUUAUUUUAUUUUCCUUUCGUCGUUUUCUUUGUCUUUCUUUUCAGAUUUUAUAUGUUUGUAGCGUACGUACCAAAUAUAGCGUCGGGUCGAUUCACUAA